GCCGACAACCUGGUCAAUGACAUCAAGGGCCAGUUGGAGGCGAAGGGGAUCGUGUACACGAAGGUGGUGGGAUGCGGAGCUUAUUGUUCGAGAGUGCGUAUUCAUUUCGAUUCCAGCAAUUUGAUGUGGACUUUCCUCAAAGCGUUCAAAGGCAUCAAGUUCACCUCGUCGAGAGCAUCAGCAGACCGUCCCACAGACCCCGCCGACCCUAACAAGCGCAUGCUGUGGCACGGCAUUGAUAAGACCGAGCCGGAGAGGUUGCAAUCCACGAGGCAGCAGGCGGCGCGGAGGUUGAUGAUGACUCACGCGAUCAGCAAACACGGCUGCAACGACGAGGUGGCACAAAAGUGUGUAGGCACCAACGACUACGGGGACGUCAUCUUGAAGGUGUCGAUCUUGACCGCGGGCGCCCUCCCGAUCAAGGUCUACGAAGCAGAUAAGGCUACGGGGUUGCUGCAGGUGGUUUCCGGGGCCAAGGGUAAGCUCGAGGGCGCGGGGUUCCAGUUCGACCCAGACGCG